AUGGAGAAUCCAUCUUCAACGACAGGAAGCUGUGCCCACUGUCAGAGUCCAGCCACCAAAAGAUGCAACGGAUGCACUGGAGCUCCAGAAUACGACAAAGAUAUCCCCAAGCCUACAUUCUACUGCAGCUCAGUUUGCCAGACACAAGACUGGGGGGAGCACAAGACCAAAUGCAAGCCGCUCCAGGCACGCAAAUCCCUUUCAAGGGCUGCCAAUACCCUUCAAGCGAUACUGUAUCGAAUUCGCCUGCGCGCCCAUACAGUCAGAUCUGCAACUGCCGUUGUUGACGGAUCUAGAGUAAUUUUGCGUUUCACCAAAGAAGAUAAACAAGAUGCCUAUCGACAUCUUCGGCCACUAGCCGUUGAGGUGAAGGGCGGCGAUCAACGCGCGUUCGAUGCAAUUGUCAUGAUCAGCUCUUGUACAGAAGCGCUGUUGUAUCUUUUUGUCUUUGUUCGAGACUUCCUAUCAGGCCUUUGCUCCAAGAUCGAGGAACUUACAAUUGACGUUCAUAACCCGGAAAUCUCCAUCGAGACCAUCAACGGGUUUCCCCUUACCACGACCGAGCGUCACAAUGUCUACCGUGUCACGCUCACAAACGGCGAAAUCUGGGUAAUCGAUCCAUCUGGGGCGCAAUAUGGAUUCACGGAGUGUCUCUAUACAUGGCACGACUUCGCAAAGCGCCGGCUGUGUAGGAGCCAUAGAGAGGACGAGCUGGGUUAUCAGCGUGUAAAGGCUAGCCAGGGUUACGUCCAGUGCAAUGAGCAUUAUUUCUUGGCUUUGGAGAUGGAAUUGUUGGAGCUUGCCCCAGCGCUCGAUGAGAAGAUUCCUGCACUUACCAAAGUGUGUGGUGGGAACUUGAAAUUGAUCCUCCAGGGAUCGCAUGCUGCGUUUCAGAAAGCAAAGAAUGAACUCCUUGAUCAGUUGGAUAAAUGUGUCGAUCUUUGCGUGGACGAAAUUCACUCCCCUGAACAGAUGGUAAAGAGAUCACUGUUAGUCAACCGGUGCAUUGCAUCAAGGAUGGCAGGUUCAGGUGCUAGACAAUAG